AUAAAGUGGAAACAUAAGGGGUUAUUAAAUAGCAAGAAACUGCAUAAAUAUGUCACAGCCUCACAGGGCCAAGACACAGACAACAACAAUCAUAGCUUUCCUCUCCACACACUCUCCUACCUGUUCUUCCCUCUUGUCUCUCUUGAAAAAAUAAAACAUCUCUCAACCUUGCUGGAACUGAAUGCUCCUGUGCCCUUCAUAUAUAGCCUUUUCAGAUAUUGGCGAUUGGGAGCUUUAUUGAAUUCCUCUUUCAAUAUAUAGUCCAAUAACAACUUCAUAAUAACCAAGUGAUUAUUUUAUAAACAGGAUGAGUGUUAUGUAUAGUCCUGUUCUCAAAUACUCACAUGGAGUUCUAAGAAAAAGCCAUGAAAUGAUUUCAAAUAUUAACCAUCAUCAGCAUCAGGAUCAAAAUCAUCAUCAUCAACAACAACAGCAGCAAAAUUCUAGAUUAUUGAGGUACCGUUCUGCUCCAAGUUCAUUCUUGGAAAGCCUUGUUGAUAUUAACAAUGGUGGUGCUAGUGUCAAUGAGGACCCUCCUCUGGGACAUGGUUGUUACCAUCAUAUUCCAUCCACAAGCUCAUCACCAGAGGCCAUGUUUUCCAAGCCGAUACAAUCAAACAAUGGAUGGAGCCGCCGCGAUUCGGAACCUGUGCAAGUCCAAGAAGAGUAUGGAGGAAGCAACAACAAGCCUACUGUGCUGAAGGAGGAAACUGGGAAUUCUUCUUUCUUAAAGGAACAAAAUGGUUACUCUUAUUGGUCUCAGCAAAUUCAAAGUUUGCCAACAAAUAACAAUGGUUAUGAUGGCUCUUUUGGUGUAGUGAACUCUGUCAAUUCAGAUCACUCUACUCAAUCUGAAAUGGGUGUUAGGAGUUGCUCCAAUCUCAUCAGGCAAAAGAGUUCUCCAGCUGGAUUUUUCUCCAGUGAAAAUGCAUUGAGAGAGGUUGAGAGGUUUAGAUCCAAUGAUGUCUCAUCUAAUAGGUCAUCCUCUUGCUUGAAAAGGAUGCCACAGAUUGCCGAAUACGAAAACGAAAGUCAUGAAGGAAACCUGGUAAAUGAGAAUGGCAGCUCUAAGUACUAUGUGCCUAGCUUCACCGGUGAAGUUUGGGACGCCUCUUCAUUCAAUUCCCAAAAAGCAGCAAGUGCAGAUGAAAUCAUGUUCUCCGCUUCAACUGCUUUGGAAUCUCAGGAUUCAGACUUCUGCUCACAAAAUCUUGGUUUGAUUCAUCAUUUGAGUCUGCCUAGUUCUUCUACUAAGAUGGGAUCUAUGGAGAAGUUUCUUCAACUCCAAGGAACCGUUCCAUGCAAAAUUCGAGCCAAAAGAGGCUUUGCCACUCACCCUAGAAGCAUUGCAGAGAGGGUACGAAGAACACGAAUUAGCGAAAGAAUCAAGAAAUUGCAAGGCCUUUUCCCGAAAUCGGACAAGCAAACAAGCACAGCAGAGAUGCUGGAUUUGGCUGUAGAGCACAUUAAAGAACUGCAGGAACAAGUUAAGAUGCUCACAAAUAUUAGGUCAAAGUGUAGAUGUACAAAUACUCAGAAGCAAUAUUCUUGACCCCUUUUUUCAUGAUUUAGUUCCUUGUAGAUAGCAAAGGGCAGGAGCCUUUUCUUUUUUGUGCCAAAGUUGGCAAAUUGUAUAUUUAGAUAUAUAUAAUUAAUAAUGAUGAUGUUUUCCUA